GUCUGAAAUAUCUGUUUUUGGCUACUUCUGGAACCUUCUUCAGAAUUCUCAAAUAAUCAAAACCAACCCAAGUAUAAAUCCCAAUCCACCGCUUUCCACCAUCCAUACACGUAUACACAGCAAACCAAUCGUUCUGAUUCUACUAGAUCAUCAUCAUCAUCAUCAACUUCAAGCUUUGAUCUUCCGAUCAGGAAACUUCAAGCUUUGAGCUUUCUUAAACUCAGUAGCAGAAGCUAAAGAAAGUAAGGAUCGAGAGAAAGAAAUGGGAGUGGAUUACUAUAAGAUACUCAACGUUGAUAGGAAUGCUAGCGAUGACGACUUGAAGAAAGCUUAUAGGAAACUUGCCAUGAAAUGGCACCCUGAUAAGAACCCAAAUAACAAGAAGGAAGCGGAAGCCAAAUUCAAGCAAAUCUCUGAAGCUUAUGAGGUUCUGAGUGAUCCCCAGAAAAAAGCGGUGUAUGAUCAGUACGGUGAAGAGGGGCUUAAGGGUCAAAUGCCACCCCCAGACGCCGGAGGACCCGGUGGAGCCACGUUCUUCUCGACCGGUGAUGGGCCGACAACGUUUCAAUUCAAUCCUCGAAAUGCAGACGACAUUUUUGCCGAGUUUUUCGGGUCCUCGGGACCCUUCGGAGGCUUGGGAGGGAUGGGUGGUGGAGGAGGGAUGAGGGGUUCAAGGUUUUCAAGUGGGAUUUUCAGGGAUGACAUGUUUGGGUCCUUUGGGGAAGGAGGUGGAGGUGGUUCCAUGAACCAUGGUGCUCCUAGGAAAGCUUCUCCGAUUGAGAAUAGGCUGCCUUGUAGCCUUGAAGACCUGUACAAGGGGACUACAAAGAAGAUGAAGAUCUCCAGAGAUAUCGUUGAUAUUAGCGGGAAGACGAUGCAAGUAGAAGAGAUACUAACCAUAGAUGUAAAACCUGGAUGGAAGAAGGGAACAAAGAUCACUUUUCCUGAGAAAGGAAACGAACAGCCAAACAUUGUUCCAGCUGAUCUUGUUUUCAUAAUCGAUGAGAAGCCUCAUAGUGUGUUCACUCGCGAUGGAAAUGACUUGCUUGUCACACAGAAGAUAUCUUUAGCUGAGGCCUUGACUGGUUACACAGUUCAUCUAACAACCUUGGACGGAAGAAAUUUGACCAUUCCAAUCAAUAAUGUGAUUCAUCCAACUUAUGAGGAGGUUGUUCCAAGGGAAGGAAUGCCAAUGCCAAAAGAACCAACAAAGAAAGGGAACUUGAGAAUCAAAUUCAACAUUAGGUUCCCAGCAAGGUUGUCAGCAGAUCAGAAGGCUGGAAUCAAAAAACUUCUGAGUUGAGAUAGAUUAUAUGAUAAGAAAUAUGCUUCAAGAGAGAGCAUUUGUGAAUACAUAGGCUUCUAUUUUGUAACCUAUUAUUUUUUUUCUUCGCUUUUCUUGUAUUCAUUUGUAACUUGUUAUACGAGUUUUUAAGCUUAAAAAAAAUUAGUUCCGAGAAA